AUGCUUGACAAUGUUACAACGCCACCUGGACCUGGAGAGAUGGUUAUAGCGACCGGCGCAUACUCGUCGUCCUCUGUUGUACAAAAACACGCAGCAGAUGGCGUCGCAUCUACUAGCGACGAGGAGGAAAAUAAUUCCGCGAUGCAAAAGCGCAGAAAGGUCGAAAUCGAUCCCACCAGUAUUACUCCUUCAAUUUGCGGCGUCUCUGACCGCAUCAUGACGGUCGAGCCAGAAGUUUACUCCGAGAUUCUCAGCGUCGACAUGGCCACAGAGGGCAUUGCGGUCAAUGACCAAGUAAGCAGUACAAGCGGCGACAACCAAAAGAAGAAGGAAGAGAAGACCACGCUGUGCUAUCGUCCGACGAUGAAUUUAAGGACCUUUUCGAACUAGAUCAAAUGAAUCCCGCAGCUUAGUAAUGGUAAAACUUCUUCAACCUUUCAUCUAUUUGGACUUUGUUAGGCUUCCUUAGGCAGUAGCUUCUUGAUUUGAUUCGUAUGAAGAGAUGUCUGGAUUCGUAUGAAGAGAUGUCUUGAUUCGUAUGAAGUGAUGUCUUCCUAAAGAUGAACUAUAUAGGGAUCGCCCAUGGCUAGUAGGCACGAAGGCACUUGACGUCGUGUAACAAGAAGUAACACAUAGAGACUUCUAGUCAUUCUAAUCUCUACUGCCCCGAUGAUUCCCAUUCCGAUUUUCUCGCGUUAUGCAUUGAAAGAACAAGGUGAAGCUGAGGAGAUAUUCAUGGGAAAGUCAGUUUACAUUCCAUG